AACCUCUGUUGUGAUAGUAUUUGGUAUUACCAUAGAGAACAUAUGAAAUUACAGGCAGUGAAAGAGAAGAAGCUUUUCGUUUUAGACUACCACGAUUUGUUACUGCCUUUAGUGAACACAGUGAAUGAACAAGAGGGGACUGUGUUAUAUGCAUCGAGGACUGUGUUUUUCUUGACAGAAACUGGCUGUUUGAGGCCCUUAGCCAUUGAGCUCACAAGACCGCCCGUAGGUGGAAAGCCACAGUGGAAGCAAGUGUUUUGCCAGACCUGGGAUGCCACUGGAUCUUGGCUCUGGAAGAUUGCUAAAGCCCAUGUUCUUGCUCAUGACUCUGGCUAUCACCAACUAUUCAGUCACUGGUUAAGAACUCACUGUGCUAUAGAGCCAUAUAUUAUUGCAAGCAAUCGGCAGCUCAGUGCUCUGCACCCUAUUUUCAGACAGUUAAAACCUCACUUCCGUUACACCAUGGAGAUCAAUGCAUUGGCUCGGCAAGCUCUUAUUAAUGCAAAUGGUAUUAUUGAGAGCUCUUUCUCCCCCGGAAAGUACUCUAUACUGUUAAGCUCUAUUGCAUUUAAACUUGAGUGGCAGUUUGAUCUUCAAGCAUUGCGAGCAGAUCUUAUAAACCGGGGAUUGGCGGAGAAGGAUCCCACAGCUCCGCACGGUCUUAAACUGGCGAUUGAAGACUACGCUUUCGCUAAUGAUGGAUUAGUGCUUUGGGACAUCAUUAAAGAAUGGGUGACAGAUUAUGUGAGCCACUACUAUCCAGAUGUGAGUCGGGUGGCAUCUGACACAGAACUCCAAGCAUGGUGGACAGAAAUCCGAACAGUCGGGCACGCGGACAAGAAAGAUGCGGCUGGUUGGCCAGAACUGAAAACCCCCAAUGAUCUCAUUGAAAUUUUGACGACCAUGAUAUGGGUAUGUUCAGGACACCAUGCUGCUGUCAACUUCGGUCAGUAUGUCUUUGCAGGGUAUUUCCCAAACAGGCCCACGAUCGCAAGAACCAAAAUGCCCACGGAAGAUCCCACUGAAAAGGAAUGGGAAGAUUUCAUGAAGACGCCCGAGGGCGCACUCUUGGAAUGCUUUCCUUCACAGCUUCAGGCGACCAAAGUCAUGGCACUUUUGGAUGUUUUGUCGAACCACUCCCCGGAUGAGGAGUAUCUAGGAGCUUCACCAGAACCACACUGGAUUGAAGACCCCGUCAUCAAUGCUGCAUUUGAGCGGUUCGGUGGGAGGCUGAAGGAGCUCGAAGGUAUCAUUGAUGGUCGGAAUCAAGAUAGGGGUUUGAAGAAUAGAUGUGGGGCUGGAAUUUUACCUUACGAGCUCUUGAAGCCAUAUUCAGAGCCCGGCGUAACUGGCAAAGGUGUGCCGAACAGCAUCUCCAUUUGAGCCUGCCUGCCUGCCUGGAGAAGCCUCAUUAUGGCUAAGGUGCUGUGAUGAUUUAAAUAAAUUAAUUAAUAAAUAAUUCCGGGAGAUUCCCAACUUCCCUUGUUGGCUUGUUUAUGCUCUGAUGGUGUAAUGCUCAGAAACCUGCUAUGCUAAUAAACUCUUUUCAGAAUU